GCGCAGCGCCUUUCUACGCACGGCGCGGGGCGGCCCCAUGUAUUGCGGCGCCGCGGCGCUGAAGAGAAGGUGGCGGCAGCGGUGGUUGUUCCGCUGAGGCGGCUCUGACCGAGAGUCCUCCUUCCUCACCGAGCAUCAUGUCUGAGGCAGCGGUAGCCGACACGCGGCGCCUCAACUCGAAGCCGCAGGACCUGACGGACGCCUACGGGCCGCCCAGCAACUUCCUAGAGAUCGACAUCUUCAACCCGCAGACCAUGGGCGUCGGUCGGGCCCGCUUCACCAGCUACGAGCUCCGCAUGCGGACAAAUCUGCCCAUCUUCAAGCUGAAAGAGUCUUGUGUAAGGCGACGAUACAGUGACUUUGAGUGGCUGAAGAAUGAGCUGGAGCGCGACAGUAAGAUUGUAGUGCCUCCACUACCUGGCAAAGCCUUGAAACGCCAGCUUCCUUUCCGAGGAGACGAGGGCAUUUUCGAGGAGUCCUUCAUAGAAGAAAGAAGACAAGGCUUAGAACAGUUCAUAAACAAAAUCGCUGGACACCCACUGGCACAGAAUGAGCGCUGCUUACACAUGUUCCUGCAAGAGGAGACCAUUGAUAGGAAUUACAUCCCAGGAAAAGUCCGCCAGUAGGGGAGUCUGACAUUGUCCAUUCUCUCUCCCCCUGCAAAAAUGACAUUUAUUUUUACACUGUCUCUUCUGAACCAGCUCUUUUUCUCUCUGAACCUCCCCACUUGCCCAGUGUUGCCUGCCACGCUGUCGUGUCCCGUCCCAUCCCCAAUCAGGCAGCAGUGUUGAGACCUGAUGGUCUCUGGCCUCUGCAUCAAAAGUGAUGACCCGUGAUGACCUGCACCUGUUGGUGGAUAGGCAGAGCUUGCUGAAGAUGAUCUAGGGGCUAGCAUAAGGUAUUGCAGCAUGCAUCAGAGCUGUCUCUCUCUCUUUCCUUCUCCGUUGUUGUGCAAGGGGGUGGGGAAUUCUCCCUAAGUACACCUGUGACAGGAAGAGAUGUAUAGGCUUGAGAACUUGGUGUCUAGUGUGGAGUAACUCGGUCAUCUGUUGAGAGAUUGGUCCUGCUGCUGUUGCAGAGAUUGCUAUCUGGCUGUGCCUGUUCUCCUCUAAAGGUUAUUAAACUUGAGACUGGAAAGCAACAAGUGUCUCCCCUGCCUGCUAGGAGGAUUCUGUAGACCAGAAGCACCUUUGAAAUUCCCUGUACUGAGCAGUUAAGGCCUUCUUGAGAGAGGUCAGAACUGGCUGCUGUGCAGGUACCCCGAACUUCUUUCUCCCACCAGUAUGUUUUGAGUGCUUAGCUGCUCAUUCUACUCCUGAGAACCCUCUUGGGUCUCCGGUGAUUCAAAGGCAGCAGAUGGGUCGCUUUACCCUAGGCAUGAGGCACCUUCUGAAAGCUGCUGCGUCUUGUAGCAGGGAAACUUUCCCCAAAGGAGUUAGCAAAGCAAUGGCGGUUUCUUGGAAGGGGAUAAGAUUAGAGUUGAUAGUAGAAUCCUGGUCAAAUCAAGCCUGUCCUGAUUUCUUGGCUGACUUAUUGAUGUUAAAGCCUGCAAAGCAGUGUUUCUUUAAGGCUUACAGCUUGCAAAGUAAGCUGCUGUAAAUAGCCAAAGCUAAGGGGUGUUCAAUGUACAGCUUCUGUGACUAAUGGAUGCCCUCGUCUGGGCUUGUGUCUGCAUCCAGCUGAGAUUACCAUGCAAACUUCACUAUGAAUAAAUAUUAAUAUGUUGGGCUGACACUUUAUAUUUACCAGUCAAAAAUUACAAGAAAGUCAAAACAGUCUCCAGUAAAGUGGGAUAAUCAGAGAGAGAGAGAGAAACACACAAGAAACAGAAUGCUGGUUGGUUGCUCCUGUGUUAUGAAGGCUGUCCCCAUUUUCAAGAAACUUAACUGGGCACUUCUGGUAUUAAAGACCCAUGCACAUGCGUGCACACACCAGGCACAAACAGUGGAAUGUUAUGGCUUUCUCCAGUGUCUUAUCUUCCAUUGGACAAGCAGAUUUAAGCCCUGACUGGGAAACGGAUUGCUAAGAGUAGGUAGAGGAAUUGCUCCCAACCAAAACAGCCAAAGCCUGGACAUCUAGGGAAAUUCAUAGACCAGCCAGACAUAACAGUGGAGGCCUAGGUGCGGGUCAUUUCAUUUUCAUUUGGUUUUGUCAGACCCCAGUCCUUCUUGGCUGGGGCUCCUUGCCCCCUAGGCAGCAGUGGCUCUUGCAUUUGCAACACCUACUUCUGCUGUGGCAACAUUGGCUCAGCAGCAGUAAGGGUAGCUUCAGUGACUGCCAUCUGAAGUUUCCUGCAGCUCAUUGGGCCGUAUGUGAUCUUCAGCAGUUGUGGUUCCCACAGUGGGUGUGGUAAUCUCCAGGCCCUUCCCCUUGCUCUGGCUCUUGCUCUGCAAGACAGUGUCUCUCAAGAUAGCAAGCCGUUUCAUUCAUUGCAGCUUCUCGGCCCAUGCCAACAGAAGGGGGGGAAUAAUUGUUUUUGGAUUAUUUUCUCUCUCUUUCCCUCCUCACCUUCUUUCCAUCCAGCUUGGAGGAAUACUCGACAAAUAUUCAUAUGCUGGAUUGACACUUUGCACUGUCGGUCCACAUUGCAGGACACAACUACUUUAAUUGAUUUGAACAGAGGGGAUACCUGAUGGCAUAAACAGCACCCUGGCCUCCUCCCAAUGUACUGAUAUUUAAAUAGUAGUGAAAUCUGCAAGUAAUAAAGUGACUGCAGUUAAAAUUGUCUCUUACUACUUGGUGCGGGUAAACAGGUAUAUUAUGGAGGAGAGAGAAAACAUGUAUAUAAGAAGUGGGGAGCAGACAGAUGCUACCCAGCCGUGUUGGCAGAAGCCCCUCUCCUCUGGGCUGCCAAAGCAACUACUAGGAAGAUGCUGCCUGUAUACAGGCCCCUCUCUGCUGCUGCUGCUGGAGAGGUGAAGGUUUCUGUCCAAAGCAGCCUGCUGCCACCUCCUGGAUCUGCAUUAGCUGUGGGUUUUUAAAACUCCUUCAUCUUGGUGCGCAAGUCUGAGGAUCAAAGGCUCUUGCUGCUGUACAUAUAUUCUGAUGUGGGGCUUAUAAUUCAGCAAACUAUGUUUUCAGUUUACUGUCUAAUGUAAUGUCCAAAUUUGUUCAUAUUAAACCACUGUGAAGCCAA